AUGGGUGCAGAGGGAGGAGAAAGUAGAAAAAGGAGCGAGCAGGAGUCAGAGGAAGGAGGAGCCACCCUCCGCCAGCCCCGCGGGGUAGGUGGGCGGCCCGGAAAAGUCUACCUCAACGCGGCCAACUCGAGUCCCGCCCGGGCUUUUCCUAAGGUGCUUGGACGGUUCUGUGGAGCUUCGUUCGCGUUGCCAUGGCGACGAAAGCAGGCCAUUAGAGCAUUACCGCGAAGCACGACGACUUUGGGGUCUUGCGAUAUCCACCGCCGAGUGACAGAGCAAUUCACAUAUGCCACUGAGCGGCCGGGCUGCGGGAUUAAUGGGGUCUCAGCCCGCGCUGCGCUGCGCGAGUGUCGUCCAUUAGCGCUAUUCCACUGUUCCCAGCCUUGGUUGUCUGUUCCCAAGACAGAAGAGAAGGAGAUUGCCAGGGGCAUGGCAUCCUUAUUCAGCAGCCACUCUGUGCCCAUGAGUUGGCACAAUCGCAGGCGCUGGUACUGCAGAAGGAAAACAGAUGUGCUGACUUCAAUCGUUUUAUUUUAUUUUUUAAUGCAUGCCUCCUAUGGGCUUGACACGGUGCUGUGUGCUGAGGAUGAACCGACCAGUGAGUCACGCUUCCUGACCCAGAGGACAACACAAUCUUAGCAAUAGCUCCCCUCCUGAGCAAGUCUUUUUAAAAUGGAAGAGGAAGACACACUUCUGAAUGGACUGUUCUGGC